GUGGCGUCCGGCAGGGAGGGGUUCUUUACCCGGUCAGGCAGCUGAAGCUCGGCGCUUGGGUUACCCCUGCAGCGACGCCCCCUGGUCCCACCGAAGCCACUGCUGCUCCCGCCCCUUCACUCCUCGGCCGCGCCAUGGGCACCCGCGACGACGAGUACGACUACCUCUUCAAAGUUGUCCUUAUUGGAGAUUCUGGUGUUGGAAAGAGUAAUCUCCUGUCUCGAUUUACUCGAAAUGAGUUUAAUCUCGAAAGCAAGAGCACCAUUGGAGUAGAGUUUGCAACAAGAAGCAUCCAGGUUGAUGGAAAAACAAUAAAGGCACAGAUAUGGGACACGGCUGGGCAAGAGCGAUAUCGAGCUAUAACAUCAGCAUACUAUCGUGGAGCUGUAGGUGCCUUGUUGGUUUAUGACAUUGCUAAACAUCUCACAUAUGAAAAUGUAGAGCGAUGGCUGAAAGAACUGAGAGAUCAUGCUGAUAGUAACAUUGUUAUCAUGCUUGUGGGCAAUAAGAGUGAUUUGCGUCAUCUCAGGGCAGUUCCUACAGAUGAAGCAAGAGCUUUUGCAGAAAAGAAUGGUUUGUCAUUCAUUGAGACAUCAGCUCUAGAUUCUACAAAUGUAGAAGCUGCUUUUCAGACAAUUCUGACAGAGAUAUACCGCAUUGUUUCCCAGAAGCAAAUGUCAGACAGACGUGAAAAUGACAUGUCUCCAAGCAACAAUGUGGUUCCUAUUCAUGUUCCACCAACCACUGAAAAUAAGCCAAAGGUGCAGUGCUGUCAGAACAUAUAAGGCAUUUCUCUUCUCCCAUAGAAGGCUGUGUAUAGUCCAUUUCCCAGGUCUGAGAUUUAAAUAUAUUUGUAAUUCUUGUGGUCACUUUUGUGUUUUAUUACUUCCUCAUACUUAACAAAUUUUCUGUGUUUUAAGUCUGAUUUUAGCUUUAUAAAAUCAUCCAUUUGUCCCGAAUGACUGCAGCUUUUUUUCAUGCUAUGGCUUCACUAGCCUUAGUUUAAUAAACUGAAUGUUUGGAUUCUUCAAUGAUUGUUUCCUUUUCAUCAUGGAAACCUGUCACUGUAGGACAUAAUAGAACUUGAUCACUUGAAGCUCAGACCUGUUGGUCUUGAUCAAAUCAAGCUAAGAAGACUUUAGAAAUAAGCUAUCACUUUGCCACAGAGCAGCUUACAAUUCAUGCACUCUUCUCUCAGUGCAUUAUAUAUUACCACAAAGCUAAGAAUUGCCCUAUAAGCAUAGCAGGAUUUUGAGAGCUUGAAAAUUUUCCAUUAUUCUGGAAGUCACUUUCUAAAAUGCCUUAAUAGGGUUAUGUACUUUUUGUAAGCAUCAAAGUUGAUUCGAGAGGGCACCUUUUUUUCUGGGCAAGAAUUAUCUUAAUAAACACAGAAGAUUGUAUUGUGGUUUUCAGUUGUGUUAUGAUUAUGGAUUCUGGAGGCUGGGAAUUGGAGAGACUGGUGGAGUUCUACCUGAGGUGCUUCUGUUGGAAUGAUUAGGCAGCCUAAGUUUAAUGAUAAGUCAUCUAAUUUAUCUAAUAUCCCAGCAGUAGAUUAGGUGGCAUUUUAUUGCUCAGGCAAUAACUGGUUUAAUGCUCUUAGUAUCAAAUUGUAAAGUGGUAAUUUUUGUCUCAAAACCUUCCAUUAAAUGAAAUGCAACCUAGUUUUAUCACCAUAUUCACCAGCAGGCAUGGAUAAUUCUUUUAAUAAUGCUGAUUGUUUAGUUUUGCAGUAUAUUAUGGAAUAUAGUCCAGUUAAAUAUCUGGUUUCAGUAUGUCAAAAGAAUACAGUGAGAGGUUAAUUUCUACUCAAGUAGUAUCACUUAACGGCAUGUAUUCUUUUAGUACUUAAGAUGAAAUAGUACUUUGAGUUUAAAUAGAAUGCAUUUAGGCCAUUAUACAGACCUGAAAUAGUAUUCUUCCACUACAUUAUUGAAAUCAAUGGAGCAACUAGUUUCUCAUUCACAAAUGUGCACACUAAUAUUUAGUUUUACUUUCUUGUGGAUAAUAUUAAGCACUUACUCUGCAGUGUUCUGAAAGUUGUGUCAACUGAAGUGAUUCUAUUCAGGAUGGUGGAAUAUCCCCAAAAUAUAUAUAUGUGUGGGAUUGCAUAGAUUACUAUGUUUCACAGUUAAUCUCCUGUCUUUUGCGAUGCUCAUGAUGUGUGGGGCACACUGAAGGCAUUGCUGUGGUUUGUCAUUUUGGUUUUCUUAUUUUAGUGUAUUAGUAUGACAACUUAUCUGUUUGUAAAUCACUACUUUGUAUUUUAUGCAUGCUCUGUAACUUGGCUUUUUUUUUUAGUUAUUGAUUUGGAAUAUUCAUAUUCUAAUAAACAGUUAUAGGGGGACUAUUCUUUAUGUUGUCAGAUUACAUUUUCCCUUUGCUUUGGAUAUAGUCAUAGAAUAUUUGAUUCUGAUGAAUGAGAUAUUAUAGAUUCUUGCAUUACAGAGUAAACAUGGAGUUGGAGGCACCAUUGGGUGAAUUCAGCUUUGGUUUUAGACAUGUAGUUCAAUUGUGCUUUUCUUGGAAAAAGUAUUAUCAGAAAUACAAGGGAAGUAAUUAAUCUCUAUACUUUCAUACAUAACCCUGUCACUAGAUUCAGGAAGAGGCUCCAUUGCUCCUUAUUUUACUGAAAAUUAGUAGUCAGUUUUUUACAAAAUUAUUUAAGAGAAGGGAAAAAUAGGUAGUGAAUUGAAAAUGAUAAAGUAACUGAAUUUUUAUCAAGUAUAGACUUAAUGUUGCCUUGGGCAUGGUUGGAUUUUGGGAGCAGUCCAAGAAACCAGAAGUAAUAGAAAAUGGCUUUGAUUGCAUUUCAAGUAUCUUCAUCCUGAACAGUAUCUCAUGAGACAAACUGUUUCAAGUAAGAAACAUUAAAUUUUAAAAUAUGACAAUUAGGGCCCACGGCAGUAUAGUAGAAAUAUUUUGCUGCUUGACCCUACUUUUUAGUUUUUUUAACUUCAAUUUUUAAAAAAAUUUAUUAUAUUCUCCUGAAAAGUCAGCCAUCUUGACUUGUUAAACUUCUUUGUAAAUGUUCUCAAGUGCUAUCUAUGAUUUCUUUCUAAUAGGAGUUAUUACUCUGUAAGAGUAAGUUUUUAAAUUUAGCCAUUGCAUUGAGUAUGCUAAAUUCUAAGGAAUGCUAGCUGGUGAAUUAUGCCAGAGAUUUUUUAAGUUCUGAAGGGUUCUGCAGGAAAGUUAAACUUCUUAAGGGUUUGGAUUGCCCAUUAAAUCUAGGCAUAUUUAUUUAAUCAUUGGGAAAAUGAACAUCUUAAAUUUUUGUUUUUAUUGACUUGUAUUUACAAAAUACAAAUGCUCUCAGUGGUUUGAGCUAUUGUGUUUAUCUCUUCCAUUUCCCUAAAGAGACAAAAUGACUACUUAGGCAAUUUUGGCCAGUACCAGAAGCAGAAUAAUUCAAGGACUGAGUGGAUAAUUAAGAACAUAUUCCAACCUGUUAGGUUUCAAUUUAUGGAGCUCUUUUAACAAAGGAGAAAAUGGAGAUUGGUUUGCUGUUUCACAAACACCAUACGCCUGAAAAAAAUUUAAAACAAAAUAUGAAUUUUGUUUAAAUACUGUGUAUGAUACUCAUUCCCUGUGUGAAAAAAAAUGAACAAAGACCAUGAAAGGAUCCUCUCCCACCACGUCAUUUAUUGGGUUAGCAUAACAGACUAGAGCUGAAAAGAACAGGGCUGAUGUUUUUCUCCUGAUUGGGGCUGUGCUGGUGCCAUAUCUCUUUUCUGCCACCUUUUCUACCACCUAUACACUGUGCCAAAUAAACUAGAGUUGUCAUUCUAAAGUUUUAAA